UGGAUCCUUUGUCUUUAUUUUCAGCGUUUGUGUCUAAAUGGAAGUUCUGGGCAGGAGAUUAUCGUCAGCACUGGCCUGGAAACAGUUGAAGCAUUGGCCUUUGAAUCUGUCAGUCAGCUGCUUUACUGGGUGAAUGCUGGCAUUCCAAAAAUUGAGGUUGCCAACCCAGAUGGAGACCUGAGACUUACAAUUUUGAAUUCCUCUGUGCUCGAACGGCCACGAGCCUUGACACUAGUACCUAAAGAAGGGCUGAUGUUUUGGACAGACUGGGGAGAUUCCAAGCCUGGGAUUUACCGGAGCGAAAUGGAUGGCUCUUCUCCUGCUUGCAUCGUCUCCGAGGGCGUGAGGUGGCCUAACGGCAUUUCUGUGGAUGAUCACUGGAUCUACUGGACGGAAGCUUACAUGGACAGAAUUGAGCGCAUUGACUUCAAUGGCAUGCAGAGAUCGGUGAUCCUGGAUAGCCUCCCCCAUCCCUAUGCCAUUGCUGUUUUUAAGAAUGAAAUCUAUUGGAAUGAUUGGUCCGAGCUGAGCAUUUUCAGAGCCUCAAAACACAGCGGGUCCAGAAUGGAGACACUGGUUGACCAUCUCAAUGGUGUGAUGGAUAUGAAGAUCUUUUACCGUGGAAAGACUGCAGGGCAGAAUGCCUGCGUUGCCAAGCCAUGCAGCCUUCUUUGCCUGCCGAGAUCUAACAACAGCCGGAGUUGCAAGUGCCCCGAGGGAGUCUCCAGCCAUGUUCUCCCAUCAGGAGAGGUGAGGUGCGAUUGCCCACGGGGAUAUCGCUUGACGAACAGCACCUGCGUCAAAGAAGAAAACACCUGCCUCGCCAGUCAGUACAGAUGCUCCAAUGGGAAUUGCAUCAACAGCAUUUGGCAGUGUGACAAUGACAACGACUGUGGGGACAUGAGCGAUGAGAAGAACUGCCCAACAACUAUGUGUGAUCCUGACACCCAGUUCCGCUGUCAUGAGUCAGGGACCUGUGUCCCAUUGUCCUACAAGUGUGACCUGGAAGAUGACUGUGGGGACAACAGUGAUGAGAGCCACUGCGAAACCCAUCAGUGCCGAAAUGAUGAGUUCAGCUGCAACUCGGGGAUGUGCAUUCGUCUUUCAUGGAAGUGUGAUGGUGAUAAUGACUGCAGGGAUUGGUCAGAUGAAGCCAACUGUACAGGUGAGCUUUUUUUAAAAGGAAAAGAAAGAAAGGGGAUCACCCAAGACCCUGAUUCCACCACACUUGUGACCAGUUUACCUUUCAAUGUCAGAACGGCGUGGCACCGCUUGGUGUGGAAAUGCGUGGCAUGGAUGACUGUGGGGACUAAUCAGAUGAAGCAAACUGUGAAAACCCUACUGAAGCUCAAACUGCUCUCGAUACUACCAGUUCCAGUGCGACAAUGGACACUGCAUCCCCAACAGUGUGAAAUGCGAGUGAAGAGAAUGACUGUGGUGACUGGUCUGAUGAGAAGGUGUGUGGAGGUUCAGCCAUGUACCUGUUACCACACCAGCCCCUGCCACAUGUUCACCAAACCACUUCCGUUGCAAUAG